AUGGUUUUAUUAACAGUGUUCACACUGUUAUUACUUCCUCACACAGUAUGCAGUACUCAUUUCACUAAGUGCACCAUCAGUGAUUCUCUUUCAGUACUUCAUGAAUAUUACCAACUAGGUGACCUCAUCAUUGGCGGAAUUGCAUCACAUACAGUUUAUCUUUCAGAGAUGGCUUCCUUCAAGAAUCACCCCAACAAGGCGUUGAUUAAUCAGCCUGUUGUACUGACUAAGAGCUAUCAGCAUGUCCUGGCCUUGGCAUUCGCUGUAAAUGAAAUAAAUGAAAAUUCUCAGAUCUUACCCAAUGUCAGUUUAGGAUUACGCAUCCAUGACACCAAUUUCAAUGUACAGCAGACCUUUCAUGCCACAAUGAAAUUUCUUGCCUCACGAAAAGAAAAUCUCCCCAACUACAAGUGUGAUAUCCAGGACUAUCUGAUAGGUGUCAUUGGGGAACUUCACCCUACAACAUCUUUCCACAUGGCAACAUUGUUACACAUCUACAAAGUUCCACAGAUCACCUAUGGGUCAGUUCCAGUGAUACAUGGUGAAUUCCCAGGGCUUUCUUUCUACCAGAUGGUCCCAAACGAAGACCAUCAAUAUGAAGGGAUUGCUGAGUUACUUCUGCAUUUCAAGUGGACAUGGAUUGGGAUCAUUGCUGUGGAUAAUAACAAUGGAGAAAGGUUUGUGCAGGCCAUGCUUUCUCUGUUUCCUCAUAAAGGCAUUUGCCUUGCCUUCAUGCAAAAAAUCCUUCAAAUUAUGUAUUUCGAUGAUUUUUUUAAGAUUGGGGAGAAGAUGUGGGAAAUGUUUGACAUUGUAAUGGAAAGUAAAGCCAACACAUUGAUAUUUUAUGGAGAAAUAGAAACUUUUACAACUAUAAUGUGGAUGGAAAGACUGUCAGAAGUGGGAUACACAACAGUAAAACCCAAGGGGAAGGUGUGGAUCAUGACUACACAGAUGGAUUUUGUCUCAUUUUAUUACCAAAGGAAUUGGAAUAUGCAACUAAUCCAUGGUGCUUUAUCCUUCACUGUUCACACAAAUGAACUUCAAGGCUUCGAGCAAUUUCUUCAGAGCAGAAGUCCUUUCUUUGCAAGUGAAGAUGGUUUCAUCACAGACUUCUGGGAACAAGCAUUCCUUUGUCAUUUCUCAGUGAUGAAAAAGUUGUUUGAUGAAAAGUGCACUGGGGAAGAGAGCCUGGAGAGUCUUCCUGGGUCAGUUUUUGAGACAAGCAUGACUGGUCAUAGCUACAGUAUCUAUAAUGCUGCCUAUGCUAUGGCCCAUGCUUUACAUACAAUGACUUCAUCCAGGUCCAAACACAGAGCAAUGGUUUAUGAAGAAAAAGAGAAGCUUAAGAAUUGGCUGCCAUGGCAGCUCCACCACUUUUUACAGAGUAUUUCAUUCAACAACAGUGCUGGAGACAAAAUUUCCUUUGAUCACAAUGGGGCCCUGGAAGCUGGAUUUGACAUUGUCAACUGGAUCACAUUCCCAAAUCAAUCCUUCCUCAGAGUGAAAGUUGGAAAAGUGAAUCUCCAGACUCCCGUAAAAGAAUUCACUAUUAAUGAGUCUACUAUUACAUGGCACAUUGGAUUUAACCAGACACUGCCUAUUUCUGUGUGUACAGACAGUUGCCAUCCUGGUUAUCACAAAAAAAGGAAGGAAGGAGCGCCAUUUUGCUGCCAUGAUUGCAUCCCGUGUCCUGAAGGGAAGAUUUCCAACCAGAAAGACAUGAACGACUGUUUCUGGUGCCCAGAAGACCGUCACCCAAAUGAAGAUCAGGAUUUUUGCACUCCCAAAGCUGUAAGCUUCCUGGCUUUUGAAGAGCCCUUGGGAAUCAGCUUAGUCACUGGUGCUCUUUCAUGUUCUUUAAUCACAGCUCUUGUGCUUGUGGAAUUUAUGAAGUAUCAUGACACUCCUAUUGUCAAAGCUAACAACAGGAAUCUUACCUACCUUCUCCUUCUCUCCCUCCUGCUCUGCCCCCUCUGUGUAUUGCUCUUCAUUGGCAGACCUUGGAUACUGGGGUGUCUAUUCCGACAAACUGCCUUUGGCAUCAUCUUCUCCAUGGCUGUUUCUUCUGUAUUGGCAAAAUCUGUCACUGUGGUUCUGGCUUUCAUGGCCACCAAGCCUGGUUCUAAAAUGAGGAAAUGGGUGGGGAAAAGACUGGCCUCCUCCAUUGUUCUUUCCUGCUCCCUUAUGCAAGCAGGUAUUUGUGCUAUAUGGCUGGCAACCUCUCCCCCAUUCCCAGAUGUUGACAUGCAUUCUGUGACUGAAGAAAUUUUACUAGAAUGUAAUGAAGGGUCUGUGACUAUGUUUUACUGUGUCUUGGGGUACUUGGGCUUCCUGGCCAUUGUUAGCUUCACUGUGGCUUUCUUUGCCAGGAAGUUGCCUGACAGUUUCAACGAAGCCAAGUUUAUCACAUUUAGUAUGUUGAUCUUUUGCAGUGUCUGGUUAUCUUUUGUCCCAACCUACCUGAGCACGAAGGGAAAAUACAUGGUGGCUGUGGAAAUUUUUUCCAUCUUAUCAUCCAGUUUUGGCUUGCUGGGUUGUAUAUUUUUUCCGAAAUGCUACAUUAUUGUGCUAAGGCCUGAGCUGAACAAUAGGGAGCAACUCCUCAGGAAAAAAAAACUGAAUACAAUAUAA